AUGAAGUUUACAAGACCUGUUUAUGCUGUUUUUUUUGUCUUUCUUCUUUGUGCCUUGGCCAAAAUCGGCUUUGAAGGGAAACUGUGGAAACCCCAAGAGUUUUAUGCAGAUCAUGGUGUUGUAAUUAAGGAAGAGCAGGAGUGGAUACAUUGCAGGAAGGAAUUGAUAGAGAGGAACAAUGAUAUUAAGGACUAUGACUUGGAAAUAAAAACAAACUUAUUAGAUUGCAUUACAAGGACACAUCCUCCAACUCAUGAUUCAGAAGAGAAGGAGCAUGAUCAUGUGUCAGUGUCACAGUUUUAUUCCGAAGACAAUCGCGGUAGAUACUUGCUUGACAAGUUACCUCAGAGUGAGAGGAAACUACCAAGACCUGUUCCUGUUCCAUCACCCAAAAAACUGCGUGUCAAGAAGAAGUUUGCCAACUCGCUUCCGCCUCAAGGGAUAACACUAAGUGCCAUUUCUCCUUCUCCAAAUUCUCCACCUAUAGACUUUUAUGUGCUAUUUCCACCACCACCAGAUUCACCUCCCCCUCCUCCUCCUCCUCAAGUUGAUGAGGAGGAUAAUAGCAAACGAAAGAUACCAAUUAUCAUUGGUUCGGUUGUAUCAGGAAUAAUAAUCAUAGUAGGCAUGCUCUUAUGCUAUCGUGAGAUCAGGAAAAGCAGAAAAGUCUACAAAGAUGACAGGCCUUUAACUGUAUUAGGCUCAAGUGAUGUGUCUGGUUCAAAGAAGUCUAUUGCUUUGGGAAAUUCUAAUACCAAUGAAAAUGGUAUAAUCUAUGCAAAGAACCCUUCUAUUGUUGGGAAUGUUAUCACUAGUCCGGAAGAUAACAAUGCCUCAUUGGGUGAGGCCUCAUCAUCAGAAAGCAAGGAACAAGUUCCAUUAGGUGCUGCUCCAGAAGGAUUAGCCCCUGAGCCGGCAGGGCCACCACCCCCACCACCUCCACCCCCUGCUGCUGCGCCUCGCCCCCCACCGGCUCCAAAAGCACCUGUUAGGCCUCCACCUGCCCCUCCUGUUAAAAUCCUUUCACGGGCACGUCUUAGUAAUGUAGAAGAGGAUUCUGCAGAUGCUCCGAAAGCGAAACUAAAGCCAUUUUUCUGGGAUAAGGUUGCUGCAUCUCCUGAUCAAGCAAUGGUCUGGCAUGAGAUCAGAGCAGGGUCAUUCCAGUUCAAUGAACAGAAAAUCGAGUCUUUAUUUGGCUGCAACAACCCCAAUAGAAAAGAGUCACCAUCACAAGAACCUUCAUUACAGUUAAUUCAGAUUAUUGAUCCUAAGAAAGCACAGAAUUUAUCAAUUCUUUUACGUGCUUUGAAUGUGACUACAGAAGAAGUUGUUGAUGCCCUUAGAGAAGGUAGCGAGAUUCCUGUUGAGCUGAUCCAAACAUUAAUAAAGAUGGCGCCAACAACAGAUGAGGAACUGAAGCUGAGGUUAUUUGAUGGAAACAUUGCUCAACUUGGCCCUGCAGAGCGGUUUCUCAAGGUCUUAGUUGACAUUCCACUCGCUUUCCGGCGUCUCGAGUCUCUACAACUCAUGCUCACUCUUCCAGAAGAGGUCUCAAGCAUCAAGGAGUGCUUUUCAACAUUAGAGGUUUCAUGUGAUAAACUAAGAAAAAGUAGGCUCUUCCUUAAACUACUAGAAGCAGUUCUCAAGACAGGAAACAGAUUGAAUGAUGGAACAUAUCGUGGCGGCGCUCAAGCCUUCAAGCUUGACACACUUUUGAAGCUUUCGGAUGUAAAAGGAACCGAUGGAAAGACAACACUUCUACACUUUGUGGUUCAGGAGAUCAUACGUUCUGAGGGAGUAAGAGCUUUGAGAACAGAGAGAGCGAGGCAGAGCAAUUCUAGUGUCGGAACAGAGGAUUCUGUUGAUGAUUCCAUUGGCCAAGAAUCAGAAGAACACUACCGAAGACUUGGCCUUAAAGUAGUUUCAGGCCUAAGCAGUGAACUUGAAGAUGUUAAAAGGGCGGCGAUUAUAGACGGCGAUGCUCUAACGGCUGCAGUGUGGAAACUUGAUCGGUUACUCAGCAAAAGUGAGGAGUUAUUGAACAAUGAUUUGAAGAGCAUAGAUGAAGACAGCAACUUCAAGCGUUCCCUUGAAAAUUUUGUGGACAAAUCAAAAGCUCAAGUGUCAUGGCUGUCUGAGGAAGAGAAGAGGAUCAUGGCUGAAGUGAAGGCUACAGCAGAUUACUUCCAUGGACAAGCAGGGAAAGAUGAAGGUUUGAGAUUGUUUGUAAUUGUUCGUGAUUUCUUGGUAAUGUUGGACACAGUAUGCAAAGAGGUGCAGUUAACAACACAGAAGCCAAUGAAGAUCUCUCAUAAGAAAGAGGCUUCAAAUUUGUCGUCGCCACCAGUAUCUCCGAAUACUCAGCAGCAGUCUCCUUCUGAUCUGCAUAGAAGACUGUUUCCGGCCAUAGCAGCGCGCAGGAUCCAUUGCUCUAGUUCAGAUGAGGAUGAGGACGAGAAAGAGGAUGAUAAUUAG